UGUUUAUACAAUUGAUACUUUCAUAUUCCUAGGUUAGCAGUAGACUGAGAAGGUGGGAGGCUGGGAAUGAUUUUGUCCUCUGGCUCUGCACUGGUUGUGUCCAUGGCUUUGGAUCAAUCACAUAGUCUCUCUCAGGGUCCUAACUCUGUAUAUCCUCCAGAUGUCUGAGUGGCAGCAGAUAAAUCUACGGCUUGGUUGGACUCUAAUGCAACCCUAAGACCUCAUUAGAGUCCGUGCUGGCUCUGCUUCCCAGCAGAGAACAGAAGUGACUGGAUCAUGUACAGAAAAAUUGGAUUUCUUUCUAAAAGGGAAUCGUUGCUUGGUACGCUUGUCGGAGAGCGGUGGAUUGGAGAGCAGACAGAAUGGAGGCCAGCAAAGUCAACCCGUGUACGAAGGAACCUCUUCGGCCCCGUGGACCAUGAGCAGCUGCAGCAGGACUUCCAGCACAUGCUGCACAGCAGCAUGGAGGGAGCCCAGCAGAAGUGGAACUUUGACUUCCUACGAGACAUGCCAGCUAAGGGGCUCCUGCAGUGGGAAGAACUACAGAACCACGAUGUUCCAGUCUUUUACCACAGUUGUGUGGUGGGUGAGGCUCGCAAGCCUUUGAAGCCCUUGAACCAGGGCAAAGUCAAAGAGGUCAAGGUCCACCAUUUUGCCACAGUGACACUGACCGAGAACCCCAAAGUUGCCAAGAAAACGUUGAGCAAGAAGAGUCAAGCAGGGAAGAAACGAAGACAGACAUCCUUGACAGAUUACUACUCAGCUAAGAAGCAAGUCAAAACUAACAGUCAAGCUGUUGCGAAGAAUUUGACUUUCUGAAAUGGAACACAGGAUUGAUCUGCAUCAGAGAUGUUAUAAAGAGAUGCCAAGUUUAUUUGACAUUCAGAAACUGUAUGUGCAGGCUACAAAUGCUUACGGGCAUCGCAUGGAUUGAUAUAUUCAUGAAAAUAGUGAUGGAAAGUCUUAUAAAUACAACAAAACUCAUAUCGGAAUGAGGUUAAACUGGAAGCCUUUUGCAAAGGGUCGCUAUCUUUAAAUGUGUUGGUAAUGGCAAGUUUAGAAAUGUUACUGGAAUUGCCUAAUAGUAGCAACUUAACCAUGUGUGUUUCAAAAAAUACUGCAUACGAGAAAGCAGUAAACAUAAGGUUAAACAGCUGUACAAAUGUACAGCUGCCUUUGGCAAGUUAGAAUAUGAUUGGAGCCACAUUAUAGGUCUGAUUUUGGUUUGUUUGGGGUUUUUUUUGUACUUUUAAUGUACAGCUUGAUCCCUGUUUCUAAGGGUGAUGGCUUAUUCAAUCAAGAAGCAUCACCAGCUAAAUUCUACAGAUCCGAUUUAUUUAAAAAGUUCCCAACCCAGCCUAUGAUUUUUCAGGUGCAAAGUUUUGACUGCACUUGUGUAUACAAAUAUUUGUGGACAUAAAAAGUGAUGUUUAUGUGGCAAAUCUCUGCUACUAUAAAUGGACACCACUGUACUUACUUCUGCGGAGUUUUGCCCAUUUAAAAUGGCACUAUGUGUCCAUCUCCUUGACUGUGUUCACAAACUAGGUUGUUAAACAUGUGACUAUCAUAAAUGUAUGGCUGCAAAUUUGCACCCAGGAAAUGCGGGACUUUAUAGUAAAAUCAUUCCCUGUAUCUGCUGGGACAAAUAAUUCCUUUGAGGCCAAUGCAGGUGUGAAAACAGGAGCAAUAGAUGCCCUGUUGGGCACCGUGUUUUUAAUGCCAGUGCUGUGGAGACAUUGGGCUAAAUUCACAAAGAAGCUUCGGCAUGGCAAUGCUCAGCAUCAUCAUGCAUAACUUUCAGGUUCCUAGAAACUCCCUAGGAUUCACAAAGCCUGAAUCUGGUGCGCAGGCUCUGAGUCCACUGAAUGGAGAAAGAGAGGUGUCCCAGAAUGGGAUUCACAAAAGCCAGUAGGCUAGGCAACUCCUCACAUAUGCUAGCCAUUGGGAGAUGUCAAACUUGGAGGGAUGGCAGGUGCUAAGCCCUGCCCCUCUCUGUGAGAUGGGUGAUGGAAGUCUGGGCUGCAGGAAGGCACUUCCUUUGGCUUGUGAUUCUCAGGUGCAAACCCUCUUUUGGGAUUACUGACUGCUUUAGCAAGAAGGUGGGGGAAGGGGAAAACCCCACUGUGAGCCAAAGUGGCUAGGGCACUCAGAAGUGGUAAAUCCCAGUUCAAAACUCAUUUACCCCAGUAAGUGCAGGUGGGACUUAUACUGGGGUCUCCCACAUCCCAGGUGAGCCCCCUAACCACUGGUCUAAAACACUGGAGAGAGGGCUUCCUCUGUGCCCACUUUCAGCCAUUUUGUGUAUGCUCGUGUAUAGGGACCAAUCCCACAGGCAAAAUCUGAGGAUGCUUACCAGAUUGUACCCUGCAGACAAGUUAGGCAGAGGAACUCCUGUUUGCCUCAAUUCCUGCAUCACUCUGGGGUUACAUCUGGUGUGGGGCUGUAGAGGGCAUGCUCAGAGGAAGAGCCAUGGGCACUUAUGGAAUAUUUACUGCUAAAAUGUCGGUGCUGAAUGAAUACAGACACCUACAGGAUUUGAUGACAGCUGAGAUUGAGGUAGGGUUUGUGAAUCCCAUUGCAGCCUGAUUCUGGAAUUUAGGCACCUAAAGCGGCCAUUAGGCACUUAAGUCUUUUUGUGAAUCUAGACAUUUUUUUUUUCAUUUUUAAGCCCCCAUACAGUGUAUCCAUUGCUAUUUAGUUUUUUUCUAUGAGACUCAAAAGGGUACUAAUAGCACUAGCUCAUCCAUCCCUCUUGGCGUUGCAUGGAUUAUUUCUAGGACUCCCCCAGCUGACUCUGGGUUCCGCGUGGCAUAUCUAUGGUACCUGGGAUCAGCUGAGGAUUCCCCAGCUGACCCCAGGCUCUGCGUGUUUUGAAAUGCCACAAGACCCCAGGCUCCCCCGUUGACCCCAGGCUUCAUGCGGGCACUUCUGCUUUGAAAUGCACAAGAGCAACCCUGGUUGCAGGGUCUAUUUUCAACUGCAGGCAAGUGAGAGAAUAAGGAGAAAUUAUUUCUCUUUUUAAUCUUUGAUUUGGGAACUGUGGAAACAGAGAACCCAAUCCUGAAAUCAAUGGGUGUUUUGCUCAGUGGAAACAGGAAGAGAUUUUGAAUGGAGAAUAUUGUGAGUUAAUUCAGUGUGUGUGUAUUUGGGUGCUUAGUAAUCCUGUUACAAUAGCGAUGGCAUGCUGGGAAAUAGCAUGUUUUCUUACUUUUGAUGAUGACUAAGACAAAUCUAUUUUUUUAUAGUGUGUGAUUUUCGCUGAUUUGAAAAGAACUGCACAACUGUAUGUUUUCUGUGUGUUUGUGUGUUGUUAAAAUCAGACCAUCAACACUGUGUGUCUUCCUGUUUUGUAGUGAUGUGUUAAGCAGCCUUAUUUUCUGAUCCAUAUGAAAGGAGCUGCACACACACAAAAGAAGCCUAUACAUCUGUCAUGCACAAGGUUACCAUGAUGUUGCCUUGGUUUCUUAUAGGGGAAAAGGGAUACCUCUUCUUACCGAGGAAAAUUAGGAUAGCUUGUCAGGAUUGAGAUUGUCAGACUGAGAGACUGCAGGCUAUAUAUUUUAGCUCAUCCAAAUUUCUAACAUCUCUGCCAGUUAUGAUUGUAAAUGUUAGUGAAGAAUGUUAAUACAAAAAAUCUGCUGGCAAGAUGCUGUGAAGUUUAGUGGCUUGAUAUGCAUAUUGCUUUAAGUUUCUUAAUAACAAAGUAGGGUAAAUGAAGGCACAGUGUACAGAAAGAAAACAUUUUCUUUUCUCACUGUUCAUUUCAUGGUGUUUGCAAUUAGGAUGGCCUCACACUAACUAGUAGAGGACCCGAUGCUCAGCUAGUGCAAAUUCAUGCAGAUCACGGAACUGUAAUGAAACUGUGCCAAUUUACACCUGCUGAGGACCUGGAGAGAGGUAUUUUGCACUAGUGCUUCAUGUUACUCCAGACCAAAAAUAGAUGACAAGCUACUAAUGAGCCCUGCACAUAAGCUGCCUCCUCUCUUCCUACACAAAGUUUACCCUAUGGUCACUGCAAUAGCAGCACUACAGCUAUUAACCCUACUGCAGAGAAUGACAACAGGUCUCUGACUGGUUGCCGAUGUUUCUUGGGAACCAAUGUUUCACAGUCCAUUAGAAGUCUUUUCUUCAGUAGUUAACAUUCUGAUGGAGACGUAUUUUAAGAAAAAAACGUAGUCAAUAUCUUUUUCCCCUUUUAUCCUGCCAAUUGCACUUUCCUGUCAAACACAAUUUAUAUGUUCAUUAUAAAGACAUUUCACUCAGCAUACCGAAUAAUAAUACCUAGCACACAGCAAAAAAAUAAAAUUAAGAAAUGGGCCUAAAACAGUCCCAGUCUUUACAUUUAUGAAAAAGGAGGCAGGCCCACUUGAAGUUAAGCAGUGUACUGUAGCUUUAAUAUAUGUUUUAGUUCCAUUUAAAUAUACAGUGUUCCCAGUGAACUAACACAGUAAAGAAGCUAGCCAGAGGCAUAUUUGCUGAUCAUUGACUUUGAUUGGCUGCCAGGGGCAUGGGACAAACCAGCAAUCAAAUCCCCAAGUAGCACUUUUUCAUAAGGAGAAGUAAGGUGCUGUGCUCUGGAACUAAAAUAAAUUUGGGCAUUAAAGAAGUGGUAGCAGCACUGUUUCAAGCUAUCUUACAUGUACUUCUGAUUACACACCAGAGGGGAAGCUGUAUCGGGAAUCCAUGAUAAUUAGCUGUUUUAACCUCCACAUGUUAAUAAACAGACAGCUAAUCUCACUCGAGCUCCCUUCCCCUCCCCCCACUCCAGUACAGGCAGUCCCCGAGUUACGCGGAUCCGACUUAUGUCGGAUCCGCAGUUAC